GCGUUUGAGGAAGCGACUGACAAGACAGACAUCGAGCUGUCGAGCUUUGACAAAAAACAGUACCUUUUCUGAUUAUUUAAUUAGUUCAAAACGUGUGCUGUUAAAUUUGUUGUUUUCAAUGCACAUCUGCAGUAAAGUCUAAAGGGUCAGAAUCAGCUCGCCAGACUGCAUUGAGUUGCUGUCAGCUCGCAGCGGUGAAGUGCACACUUAUCGACCAACAUCAGGAAACCCCUGGAGCCUUUCUAUCGAUCUCCAUCGAUCCGCUGAGGAUUAAUAGAGAGUGAUGGGAGCUCAGAGGAGCGAGGGACGCAGAGACUGGCUCCAGCAGGAUCUGACCGAGCAGCAGAUCCAGACAGUGCAGAAUCCCUGGAACAUCAUGAUCAAACACAGACAGGUUCAUCGCAGAGGACGACGCUCACAGAUGACCGUCAGUUACACAGAUCCUGUCAUUUCCAUGGAUCUCCUGCGAACUGUUCUGCAGCCCAGCUUUAACGAAGAUAUCCGUGCUGUGUUCAGAAAAUAUAUGAAGUUUUUUGAGAAGGCAGCCAGCAAUGUGAAAGAGAAUGUAGGAGGAGACGUCCAGCCCGAGCAGCUUAUCAGAGACGCCUGCAGAAACUGCCUGGAACAUGCAAAGCAGCUCUUUCCUGAUGUUGAGAAAAUGGCCCCAAAGCCUAGUGUUGACCCCACAGUAAAGCGUGCACGGCAGCCAGACGACUCCUCUGGCCAGAGAGGCAGCCCCAUCCCUAAAAAGAGGAAAGGUCGCCCUCCUGGUUCAGUUGUACAGUACGACAGACCAGCCCAAUACAGCACUGCAGCAAAACCCAAAGUAUCCGAGCCAAUAAGGCGAGAAGGACCUAAGUGGGACCCAUCCAGACUGAAUGAGAACAGCACAUUUGUUCUGGGAUCCAGGGCCAAUAAGGCUUUGGGAAUGGGUGGUACAAGAGGAAGAAUCUACAUCAAACAUGCAGAGCUCUUCAAGUAUGCCGCUGACGCUCAGGACAAACACUGGCUUUCAGAAAGACAGCAUAUGAGAGCUACCGGUGGAAAGAUGGCCUAUCUGCUUAUAGAAGAGGAUAUUCUUGAUCUUGCCCGAAGUGAAGACUACAAGGACUGCCCUGAUUUGAAGCUGGAUGAGAUGAAACCAUUUGGAGUGCCCUUGUGGAUGGUGGAGAAAAUGCAGAAGGCAAUGGAAGCACAGAAAACAGAAAAUGAACUUGUCAUGUAAUACCAACCUCGUCUGGCAAGUCACUGGACCACGGACACUCUUAAGUGUUACCAAUUUAACAUAACUGUAACUUUUUGUUGUUUGUGCGAUGUUCACAGUAGACCCAGGCAUUAUGAUCAAGUUGCCCAGAAAUUGUUUUGUUGGAGGUUUACUUGCCAAAUAAAAAUCCCACAUUUCAUUUUAGUGUGCAAUUGUCUAAACUGGUCUAGAUCUGAUUUCUUUCUUUUUUUUUCAGUCAUCAAAUGUGUGCUUUUUUUCAUGACUUUGUAUUUAAAAGACUUUAAUAUCUAACGAGGCACAUAUAGAGCCUCAAUGAUUUUUUUAAGUACUCUGGUUAAUGGACAUUUAUGUUUGUUUUUUCGUGUUUCCCAUGAUCCUUUUUCCUGAUUUUAACUAAUAAUAUUGUUUAUCAUUUAUGCUUUAAAAUUGAAUUGAUUUGGCUG